AUGAAUUUCCUCAACUACACGUUCGAAGCCGAGGAAAAGGAGAUCGACGUGCUUCGUCCGCGGCUUUCCAACAAUGAGGUCAUCAAUAUCAUGAAAAUCGAGAUCUAUGCGUUUCUGAGCAUCGCGUUCAUCGCUUGCUCGGUGGUGACAUUCCCCAUCUACAACUACAUCUUUCGCCGCAAUCGUCAAGAGGAGCAAGACCUUCCCAAAUACGCGGUAAUCGACCAUUUCAAUAGCUGUUUGGCUGUUAUGCACUAUCCCAUCUACAUUUUGCCGAUUCUAUUCGUGCUACACUGCAUUCCAAGCGGUCUCAUUCAAACCACUGUGAAAGUAAUAUGCGCAAUGGGACUGUUUUUCCAAUAUUACACCGCUAUUAUUAUUGCAACGAGUGUCAACAUAACCCUCACGUUCCUCGCCAUUCAAAAGAUCGUAAUCUACUUCAAGCCGAGCUUAUUGGAUUCUGUAACACCGAAAGGGGGUCUUACAGUAUACAAGCUUGUGCGUAUUGUUGCGUACGGAUUCUUCACGAUUACUUAUGAUUUAGUCGACACUGUCUUCAUGAGCAGCUACAUCUUUUCAAGCAUGACAGUUUUAAUCAGCGCCGUUUUCUAUGCCACAAUUCUCAGAAAAGAGGGCAAAGACUGCAAGGUUUGGGAAUCGUCGACGGAAAAGUGCAUUCUCUACCAUACGAUGAUUUCAGCAUUCACAAAAAUUCUCGUGUUACCUGUGGCCGAAUCAAUUUGGUUUUUCGAUGAUAUCACUUCUAAGAUAUUCUACAGUAUCCUUGUUGUCGAAUACGCCCUAUUCCCGAUCAUCAACCAACUCUCCUAUUUCGCCUCAAACGAUUCCAACAAGAAACAACUCAUUCAUCUCGAAAACCGUAUCAUGCAACUAAUCUGUUUCCGUCGUCAAGCUCAACCGGAGAAUAUCGAAGUUCCAUCGAUCAGCAAUAUCAAUUAUCCCUACGAAGAGGAUGCCAGUGAACUUGAGAACCCCGGACGAAUCUCUGAAUCAAACCAAGUCGCUGUUAAUAUGAACUUCCAUAACAUCUGA